GAGGGAGGUGGUGCAUCAAGACGGCAUAGAGCAGCAGCAGGCUGUGCUUAGGGAUCUAUUGUUCCCUGUUUUAUUGCUGCCAGACCUCAUUCUCUCUCAUUAGGAGCAUAGAAAGAAAGAGAAUCGGAGAGGAGCCGGAGAGUGAGAGAAGACCUCAGCCCCGUCUGCCCGGGAUUACUUUCUUGGACACACUGGUGUGGACAAAGCAGAAACCACACUUAAGUCCAGUUCCGUACCUCGUGGCCAGGCUUGCCUUUUUCCUCUGGACUGCAUUGGGAACUACAGUAGUUGCCGUGCGGUGGCCAUGGGGCUGACCGUCAGAGCUGCGGGGACACUGGGAGUCUCGAGUAGUGCACCCCUCCCCUCUCUCUGGAGGUUAGCGCUGUUCUUUCUCUCCAUCUGGGAGCUGGAUGCAGAAACCGCAGUGGAAAAUAGACCUGUGUACAUCUGGCAAACAGGUCCAUGGGGUCGUUGUAUGGGGAAUGAGUGUGGCCCUGGAGGCAGCCAGAGCAGGGCGGUAUGGUGCGCACAUUCUGAAGGCUGGACUACCCUGCACACCAACUGCAAUCAGACGGAACGUCCAGAAAACCAGCAGAGCUGCUUCAGAGUGUGCGACUGGCACAAGGAUCUGUACGACUGGCAGCUGGGAGCCUGGAACCAGUGUGUCCCAGUGUCGAUGCGCAGUGCUGGAGUGCAGCGCCCCGCUGUGUGCACCCGCGGGGACGAGGGGAUCCAGACCCGUGAGGUGGGCUGUGUCCAGAAAGCAAACGGUGAGCCCGCAGAGGACGCAAUCUGCGAGUACUUUGAGCCUAAACCUCGCCUGGAGCAGGCCUGUCUCAUACCCUGUCCUCGGGACUGUGUAGUGUCAGAAUUCAGCCUGUGGACUUCCUGUUCAAAAACCUGUGGUAUGGGCUUACAGAACCGGAUCCGUUUCAUUCUGGCUCCGCCACUGUUUGGCGGGGCAGCGUGCCCGAACCUCACUGAAUUUCAGACAUGUCAACUUGGUCUAUGUGAGGGAGAGGAGGGCCUAUACAGCCUCAGGGUUGGACCUUGGGGGCCCUGCUCAGUUCCACUGCCGAGGCAAGCUAGACAAGCUAGCAGACCGACCAGAGAUAGUGACAAACCACCCAGAGAAAGUGACAAACCACCCAGAGAAAGUGAGAAACCAGCCAGAGAAAGUGAGAAACCAGGCAGAGAAAGUGACAAACCACCCAGAGAAAGUGACAAACCACCCAGAGAAAGUGAGAAACCAGCCAGAGAAAGUGAGAGACCAGGCAGAGAAAGUGACAAACUUUCCAAAGACGGAGACAAACAGUCAAGAGGGAGUGAUAAAACAUCCAGAGGUGGCGAUAAGCAGUCCAGAGAGAGUGUCCCACAAACUGGUGAGGGUGACAAACAAUCAAAGGGAGGGGAUAAGCGGACCAGAAUGGGAGAGAAACGGCGAAAAAAUGGAGGUAAAUGGUCCAAAGAGGGCGUUAAAGUGCCCAGGGAUGGCGACAGACCAUCAAGACUCAACAGAAAGCUCAGCAGAGCAAACAAGAAACCGGACAGGCCGUCGCGACAGGCAGACAGGCCCAAACGACAGAAAAAGGCUAAAAACAAGGAAAAGAGAGAGAAGAUACGAGAGAAAGUCCGAGAAAGGUUAAGGGAGAAGGGCAAGUCAAAGGACCCUGAGACGAGAGAACUUAUCAAGAAGAAGAGGAACAGGAACCGUCAGAACCGUGUAGGAGGAAAGUCCUGGGACCUGCAGGUCGGCUACCAGACCAGAGAAGUGGCGUGUGUCCACAAGAACGGGAACAUUGAAGCUCUUGGCCUGUGCUCUCAGGAGACAUUGCCAGUGACCUUCCACGCCUGCGUCUUGACCAAAGACUGUGAUGUGACUGAAUGGUCUGACUGGUCAGCUUGCUCCAAGGAGUGCCAUGACCCCAGCGGGCCUAAGGGCGAACGGACUCGCACCAGGAAAGUGAGCCAGUUUCCGAUUGGUGGAGGAGCAGAUUGUCCAGAGCUGGAGGAGAGAGAGCCCUGCAGCCCGCAGGGAGACGGAGUGCCGCCCUGCAUUGUUUACAGUUGGAAGAGCACCGAGUGGACGGAGUGCAGGGUGGAUGUGCUGCUGAGCCAGCAGGACCGUCGACGUGGCAACCAGACGGGGUUGUGUGGAGGUGGGAUCCAGACGCGGGAAGUCUACUGCGUCCAUAGCAGCGCUGAGACGCCGUCCAACCUCAGCGCUCUGAGGAGCAAGGAAGCGCUGCGGCCAGUGGACAGCGAGCAGUGUCUGGGCGCCCCCCCGAACACCACCCAGCUCUGCCACAUCAGCUGCCCCGUCGAAUGCGAGGUGUCUUCGUGGAGCGCGUGGGGACCCUGCACCUACGAGAACUGUCAAGACCAGGCGGCCAAGAAAGGCUUCAAACUGAGGAAGAGGAGGAUAGUCAAUGAGCUGACGGGCGGGACAGGGAACUGCCCCCACCUGGUGGAGGCAAUACCGUGUGAGGACCCCAGCUGCUACGACUGGCUGGUGGUCAAACUGGAGGAGUGUAUCCCUGACAACGAGAGGGAGUGUGGACCAGGGACUCAAAUCCCUCAAGUGCGGUGUAUCAACAGUGACGGUAAAUAUGUGGAGAGGCAGUUGUGCCGCGAUGCCAUCCUGCCCAUGCCCGCCAUCUGUGAGGUGCCUUGCCCGAAGGACUGUGUCCUGAGCCCCUGGACUCCCUGGUCUCCCUGUUCUCACACGUGCUCCGGAAAAAGUACGGAGGGCAAGCAGACGAGAUCUCGCUCCAUCCUCGCCUACAAUGCAGGAGAAGGUGGAGUCCUCUGUCCUAACACCAGCGCCCUGCAGGAAGUGAGGAACUGCAAUGACCAUCCCUGCACUGUGUACCACUGGCAAACGGGCCCGUGGGGCCAGUGCAUCGAGGAUUCCUCCAUCCCGACCACCAACAUGUCUGUGAUCAGGACGCACAGCGAGGACGCCUCCUGCUCAGUGGGGAUGCAAACACGCAAGGUCAUCUGUAUCCGAGUCAACGUGGGCCAGGUUCCCCCCAAAAAGUGUCCAGAGAGCCUGCGUCCAGACACCGUCAGGCCCUGCUUACUGCCAUGCAAGCGGGACUGCAUCGUGACCCCGUACAGUGACUGGAGUCCAUGCCCGGCAGCAUGUAAAGCAGAUGGAAAUAUGAAGAAGAAACAGAACAGGAAGCGUAUUAUUAUCCAGUUACCAGCCAAUGGUGGACAGGACUGUCCUGAGGUGUUGACCCAGGAGAGAGAGUGUGAGGCUCCAUCCGUCUGCAGUGGAUACCGCUGGAAAACUCACAAGUGGCGGCGAUGCCAGCUGGUCCCAUGGUCGGUCCGUCAGGACAGUCCUGGAGCUCAGGAGAUGUGUGGGCCGGGGCUGCAGAUCCGAGCUGUUUCAUGCCGGAAGCAGGACGGUGGGCAAGUGGAGGUUGAAGCUUGUCUUAAGUUUGCCAGCCCUAUGCCGCCUCUCAUCCAACACUGCCAGCUGCCCUGCCAGGAGGACUGUCAGCUCAGCAGCUGGUCCAAGUUCUCCUCCUGCACUGCCGACUGUGUGGGCGUCAGGGUCCGCAAGAGGAUGCUCGUGGGGAAGAGCAAGAAGCGUGACCAGUGUAAGAACCACCAGGUGUAUCCGCUGAGCGAGACGCAGUACUGCCCGUGCAACAAAUACAACGCUCAGCCUGUGGGGAACUGGUCGGACUGUGUCCUCCCCGAAGGCGGCCGCCUGGAGGGUCAGCUGGGAAUGAAGGUUCAGGGCGACAUCAAGGAGUGUGGCCAGGGAUACCGCUACCAGGCCAUGGCGUGCUACGACCAGGACAGCCGCAUUGUGGAGACGUCGCGCUGCAACAGCCACGGAUACAUCGAGGAGGCUUGCAUCAUCCCCUGUCCGUCCGACUGCAAACUGAGUGAGUGGUCCAACUGGUCGCGCUGCAGCAAGUCCUGCGGCAGCGGCGUCAAGGUUCGCUCAAAGUGGCUCAGAGAGAAGCCCUACAACGGCGGGAGACCAUGUCCUAAACUGGACCACGUCAACCAGGCUCAGGUGUAUGAGGUCGUGCCCUGCCUCAGUGACUGUGGCCAGUACGUCUGGGUGGCAGAGCCCUGGAGUGUGUGGAAGGUGAGCAACGUGGACGUCAAGGACAACUGUGGUGAAGGCGUCCAGACCAGGAAAGUCAGGUGCAUGCUGAACACCAUAGACGGACCCUCUGAGCAAGUGGAGGACUACCUGUGUGACCCGGAAGAGAUGCCUCUGGGGGCCCGCAACAGCCGGCUGCCCUGCCCCGAGGACUGCGUCUUAUCAGACUGGGGAACCUGGACCCCAUGUGCACUGCCGUGUAACGGGAACAGUACACGGGCGAGGGCGGCGUUCCCGCUGCGGCAGCCCGGAGAGGAGAAGGAUUGUCCUCCGACUAAAGAGACGGAGCCUUGCAAACUGAACAGCAACUGCUUCCAUUACUCCUACAACAUCACUGAUUGGAGCACCUGCCAGCUGAGCGACAGAGCGGUGUGCGGAAACGGCAUCAAAACGCGCAUGUUGGACUGCGUGCGUAGCGACGGGAAGUCUGUUGACCUCAGGUUCUGCAAAGAGCUGGGUCUGGAGAGGAAGUGGCAGAUGAACGCUUCCUGCGUGGUGGAGUGCCCCGUCAACUGCCAGCUGUCCGACUGGUCGCUAUGGUCUGGGUGCACUCACACCUGUGGGCUGUCAGGGAAGCUGUGGAGGAGACGGACGGUGACCCAAGUUCCUCAGGGUGAUGGCAGACCGUGUCCAUCCCAGAUGGAGCAGUGGAAGCCUUGUCUGGUGAAGCCCUGCUACAGCUGGAGAUACAGCGUCUGGUCUGAGUGCAAGUCUGAGGGGGCGAGGUGUGGAGAAGGCCUACGCUUCAGGAACGUGUCGUGCUUCGUGUCAGACGGCUCGGGUCUGCAGGACAGCAGCCUGGUGGACGACGAGCUGUGUGGAGACCUGGAGCUCUCCGUGGAUGGAGAUACACAGAUCUUUCUGCAGGAAACCUGCACUGUUCCGUGUCCAGGAGAGUGCUACCUGAAGGAGUGGACCACAUGGAGUCCGUGUCAGCUGAGCUGUGUGAGCGGGGACGACCUGGGCUUCGGCUCGGUCCAGGUCAGAUCCCGAGCUGUGGUGGCCCAGGAUCCCGAGAACCUGCUGCAGUGUCCAGAGCAGGAGAUGGAGGCUCGACCGUGUACAGAGGGCCAGUGUUUUGAAUACAAGUGGAGGAGUGGACCGUGGAAGGGCUCAUCUCGACAAGUCUGGUGUCAGCGCUCUGAUGGCCUAAAUGUCACAGGUGGAUGCCCUAUGACUGCAAUGCCAAUGGCUGACCGAUCAUGUGACCCGCCCUGCACCAAGCCACGUUCCACCUGCACGGAGGUGGGCGUGUGCGGCUGUGAAGAAGGCUACACUGAAGUGAUGACGUCGGACGGCCUGCUGGACCAGUGCACCGUCAUCCCAGUGCUGGAGAUCCCGACGGCGGGAGACAACCGGGCCGACGUCAAGACCAUCCGAGCCUUUAACCCCACGCAGCCCGCAGCCAGCUCGCCGGGCCGCGUGGGACGCACCUGGUUCCUGCAGCCCUUUGGUCCAGAUGGGAAGCUGAAGACCUGGGUGUACGGCGUCGCAGCCGGAGCCUUUGUUCUGCUCGUCUUCAUCAUCUCGAUGACGUACCUAGCAUGCAAAAAGCCAAAGAAGCCACAGCGGCGGCAGAUGAACAACAGACUGAAGCCGCUGACUCUCGCCUACGACGGAGACGCUGACAUGUAGCCGUCGCCCUGCGGUUCGCAAAUGACCUAAAGACAUUCGUCCUACUGCAGGGCACAUGGGGUUGCUAUGGAAACCCUUUGAUGUCAGGGCUGCCGCUGGGCAUUGUUCAAACAUCACACACAGGCACCAUGUGAAUAUGACUUUGAUGGGAA